AGAGCCUGGCAACUCUACUUAUAUAAAUCGCAAUUUAUUUGUUUUGAUUUUAUUUACUAGAUUGAAACAAAGUUGUUAAGAAUGAGUGCCAGUUCUGGGGGAUCCUGGAUAAAUGCCAUCUACGAUGAAGUGGCCCUCGAAGGCUUGGAAGGGGUGACACUGCCCUAUCUGUGGGACUUGCUGGCCAGGCGCCUCGAGUUUGCACCUUCUCCGCUGCCCGAUAGGAUUCGGGAGCAGGCGUGGACCCUGCUGCUCCGAACACCGCUCCACAAGAUCGAGUUCUUUGAGCUGCCGGCAGAGCGUCCUCUGAUGCCCUUCUACGAUCGCCUCAACGACAUGGACGAGCAACUGGGCAUGCCCGUGGUGCCGGAGCAGUGCCCUUAUAUGUUGUACCCACCCGCCUACGUGCAAGAGGACGGCGUCAUGGGUAACUGCAGUGACUUCAAGACCCGCAAACCCAUCCCGGCCAGCGAUCUGCAGGCUCUGAAUGCCGCCCAAGCCACCGAUCAGUGGGCUGGCCGGCUCGUCGUGGUGGCCUCGCAGGAACUGCGGGAAACGGCGCUGACCCCCAAUAACCUCAUGCUGCCCCAGCGCCUGCCGCUGCCCAACUACAUCUUCCUGGAGGCCAUCGGACGGAUGCGCUACAGCGGCCACACCACCGGAGGCCCUUGGUCGCUGAUCAACUACAGCAAGGACACUGGAAUCCUCUUCUAUAUCAAAAACAAACUGCUAAACUUGCAGUUGAUCACUGCCCAGAACUAUAACGAAAUCAACAAGGGUCGCUUCUUGGUUUCUUCGCUGCUGAUGCUGCCGCGCUUUCACCGGAUCUACAAAAACCACUCGCAGCAGAACCUCGAGAAGCUGUACCUGGGUAUAAUGCGGACCAGCAGUCGCCAAGUGCCCGUCACCGAAUUGACCGAGCUGCUCGGACGACCGACCCAUUUCAAGCCGAAGAAGCUGCUGGUCACCCACGCCUUUCGCAAGUUCUUCGAGACCAAGCAAGUGGAGAAGGCCGUCAACGUGCUGACCAAGUCGGGGAAGCAGUCCAAGUCAACCACACGCAAGGUGACCGUAAUACAGCUGCGCAAUCCCAAUAUGCAGCUGGAAGACCUGUACAAGAGCGAGGAAAGUGAGGAGAAUCCGGUGUCCGAGUUCCUGGAUGUGGGACACUGCUACCUGGACAUGCCUCCCGAGGAGGAGGUGCUCCGCGCUGUGGCCAGGUUUGGCAAACGUGGCCUAAACAGCACCGAAUUGUCCCAUUACACGGGGAUCAAUGCAAACUCAAUGCGCCACUUUGUCAAGCGGAUGAAUAAAAAUGGCCAGGUCAAGGAGUACUCGGAGCAGGUGGGCAAGAGCCGCCAGUUCCGCUUGGUGGCCGUCGAGCACUUAGAGGACCUUGCUAAGGACGAUGUAAUCAAGAAGAAGGAGAAGGAAAUCAAGUGCGCCGAUGAGCCGAAUUUUACCGAAAGCAAUGAAAUCACGCUCAAGGACAUGCCCGAAAUCGUGAUGAAUGCCCGACCCAUAGCGUUUAAGCUAAAGAAGACCAGGACGACUAACCAGACGCAGCGCCAACUUGGCCGCCAGAGAUUUAUUACACGCCAAAUUGAUGAGCACUGCCUGGUGGCCCUGCAUCGGUUGCAAAAGAACCUCCAGGCAGAGGAGCGCCAGGCUGGCUUCAAGGACAGCCUGUGCCGUCGCUCGUUGCUGCGCCUGCUGCGUCCCUUGGUGGAGGAUCAUGUCAUCAACGUCUUCGAGAUCACCCUUCACUACCAGCAGCGAGUUCGCGUCUACCGCUUCGCCACGCACCCGAAGAUUGGACUUGAUCACGUGGUGAUGAAACGCGAAAUCCUCAAGCUCAAGAGCAACUUCCAUUUGCUCACCGAGGAGCGCAUGAAGCGACCGUCGCAGCUGCAUCCCCGGGAACGCAAGGAGGUGCUGGCACGUCGUAAACUGGUGGCAGAGCGUCCAGCAGUGGUGUGCAAGACGCAGGCGCCCAAGCUGCUGCUGGCCAGGACUCUGCACGAGUUCUUGUACUAUCUGUACCAUCAGCUGUCGUUGGAUCAAAAGCCCAUUCCCAUGACCGUCGAACUGGUGCAGCAGUGGCAGAAAUCAGAGCCAGCGUUGCAGCCACGUCAGUUCCUAGAAGAGUGGCAGGCGGAGGAGGAUUCCGUGCAGCCCUAUACCGAAGACAUCAGCUGGCGCACCUUUAUCCCACCGUUGCCACGGUACGAGGACAAACCAUCCGGCUGGCUGUACUUCAUGGACGCCAUGGAUCGAAUGCCGCUGUCCCUCUUCCUGCGCAUCUGCCGCAUUGAGCGCGAGGCCAGCGACGAGUUGCGUCUCCAGCUGCAGCAUCCCAUCCGGCAGCACUACCUGCUGUCGCAGCUCAAGUUGGACACCAUUGUGCCGCGCCUCAAGUUGCAGCAACUGUACGUGGGCACUCUGCGGCUACUGAACAACAUGGGUCUGAUUCAGGUGAGCGAGCAAAAGCUGGGUCGCGACUCGCUGCAUCGCUGGGUGUUCCUCAAUCAGCGCACCCGCCUGCUGGACACCACAUCCAGCACCGAGCACAACUACAUGCAGGUCAGCGCCGAUCGCUCGUACACACAGCUCAACUUCGAGUUCUUCAACGCCGAGCAAGUGGGCAACUACUGGGCCAAGCUGCAGCACAUCUGCAUCUACACAAAGCUCGGCUACCGCAAGACCUUGAGCUCGCAGAAGAAGCUACCGGCGCGCCUGAAGGUCCUCGUAUUCCAGCCCACCGUUGAGUUUGACCAGGCCGUUGAGCUGGACAAUGGUUCGGUUCCGGGUGAUCACCUGGGCGCCGCUGGCUUGAGCUCGCACUUGUUUGCCCAUCAGUUUCGUCACUGGUCGUGGGUGCAGCGUCAGAAUGGCGGCAAAUCGGCUGCAGCGAGGGAGCGGGCAAAGAAACCAGUCCGGAAACGGGCCACCAUUAUGCGUCUGAAGAUUGGUCCCCGGCUGGCGGUACGCAAAACUCGCGAUCUGCCUGCCACUAAGACAACAAAAAACAAGACGACAGGUCCGCGCGACGACAUCGACCGGGAUGCGUUGCGAAACAUGCGGACACUACGUGUUAAAUGGGCGCCGGAGGAGGAUCGCCUGCUCAAGAUGGGUCGGGCUGUCUACAUGUUCAUAGACGCACCCACCAUGACCCUCACCUUGUGUGACUUGGCCUUGGUCUGCCGGGAUUUAAUACGCCGCUGGUUGGGCAUCUGCAACAAGACCACCCAGGCAUGUGUGCGUCGCGUGCAGUUCCUGGUGAAGAUGAGGCGCGACAUUCCGGACGUGCCCGGCUGGAUCUAUGCCAUGCAGACGCAGCCGCAGUUCACCAAGGUCUACAACGAUCGAUUCCUGAGUCAGCUGAAGCGGGACUAUCCCAACAAGACCGACUUCCAAGGGGCGCUGAUGGUUCAUUUUGCACUCAUGAUGGCCAAGUUGCAGCGGAUGGUCGCCAAGUCGCAAGGAUCUGUCACCCGGCAGUUCCUACUGCCCGACUCCUUGGAUGCCUUUGGCAACCAACUGCGCGAGUGUCGGUCGGCGCACGAGGAGCAGCAGUUGCUCUUCCAGGAUCCCGCUACGGAAACGGAUCUCCAGGUGGCCGUGGCGCACGGAGUGCUGCACAGCAAUAUAUGCUGUGCCAAGGACAAGACCUUGCUGAAUCUGCAGACCUUCGAGAUCUACAAACACUUCUCCGAGGAGGUACUCAACUCAGCCUUCAACAAGGCACGGGCGGAUUCGCUGCUGGUGGCGGUGAAGCGACGCAAUAUCCAGUCGGCGGCUAGCCGCCAAAUCUCUGGACCUGGUCACCUACUCAGCUCCAAGUACAAGUACCGGCUGACCUACACCAAGCUGACGCACUUCGUCUACGAUGGCUACUUCGCCUUGGACAAGAAGUUGCGGGAUGAGCAGGAAUUGCAGCUGGCCUCGCCGCACUUUGCCCAACUGCUGGUGAUGAGCGAGUGGCUGUCGGAGAACAGGCUGCGCCUAUCGCUACAGCUGCCGGCGAACAUCCUGACCGUGGACACGUCCACCAUGGGUCGCCAGAGUGGCUCUGCCUCGGACCGCAUUCUGGAUCACUACAGCUGCAUGUUUGACAACGCUCCGCACACCGAGUACUCGAAGAGGCUGGAGGGCGAGAGCAGUGGCCGCCAGUCGUCGCGGGUUCGCUUCCAUCCCGCCAAUCUGAGCUUCCGCCUGCCGGCCAGUGCGUACAAUCAGCUCUCCAAGCUGCCGCUGCGGGCCAUGCACUUCUUCUGCGCCUUGGACGCUUUGGGUGAGGCCAUCACUGUGAGUCAGGCGCGUUUGGAGCAGGGCGAUUGCCCCUUUGCCAACUGCAUCAUGCGCAGCGGCAACUAUCUGAACGCCGUGGAGCGGAUAGCGCACGAACAGAGGCCCAUCCUGCGGCAACUGGUGGCCGAUGCCCUGCCCUCGUCGCAGCAGUUCCAACUGGACACCCACCCGGCGGGCAGCCCGCUCACUGUGAACAUCUCGAAUCUGCUGGCAUUCGCCCAGCAACUGGAGGCUUACUGGCGGCGACAACAGCAGCCCAUGGAGCUGAAGGACUUGGGCAAGCAGCUGGCCGAGAAAACCCUGCACAAGCUCACCGACUGGCGCUCCAUUUGCGCCGAGUUGCUUGACGAUGAGCCACAUUCCUGGGAAGCGGAUCGCGUCCAGGAAUACGAGCCGGCAUUGAAUAAGGAAGAGCGAGCCCGGGCGCAAGAUGUUUUCGUGGUUCACUUGCCCACCAUAAGCAUGAAGAUCGUAGAACAACCAGAGGGCAAACAGGCCAUUGACAACAUGCGCUCCUUUGUGCUGGACAAGGUGCUCAAGGCGGCCUACUGGAAGUAUACCGAAAACACCUUUGACACCCUUCGACCCGUCCUCCAUGAAAGAGGAUUCGAUGCUCGUGCCAUUCGCCACAUGGAGGACAUACUCAAGCAUAUUGAACAGCAACCACUUGGUGCUAAAGGAUUGGAGUUGCGCAGGAUCUUUCCACUGGGCGACUUCCUGUUGGAAACGCUGCACCUUCUCGCCGACCAUGAUCUCAUCAAGCGAGUGGGCAUAGUUGGUCACAUGUACGUCCACAAAAACCACAUACGCAACUGGGUGGUGCACACCUUUCACAUCAAGCGCUUGGAGCGGGAGAAAGUGCAGCCCCAGGUGGCGGCGGCACCGGGAACACUGUUAGCCGUCGUUGGUCACAAGCGCAGACUGGAGGCUACGGAAACGUCCAGUUCGAUACCGGAGAAGAAGAUCAAACUUAUGGAGCAGCAGAGCACAGGAAGUGACAGCGAUGAGGCGGGAGGAUCUGCUGCCAAGCGUCCAAAAAGGGUAAAGCGCAAGGAUACGUCCACUGGAGUGGCUAAUUCUGCGAUCGAGGCCUCCCGGGAUGCGAUUGCCAUGAGGCCACAGCCGUGGAUACGGGUGAAUGCUUCCCUUAACCGCCGCGUCCUCGAUCGCUGGCUGGGAGCCAUCCUCAGUGAGAGCAUCUCCCGCGUCGGCUGCACUGUGCACAGCUUGUUUUUGAGGUUUUCGCACUUGGUGCCGGUGGAUAUUAUGUUCCUGUUGGAACUCCUGCACGAUCUGGGUUGUGUACAGCUCGUGGAGAUGCGGCCGCUCAAGGUGCAUGUGGAAUCGCUGCUGGAGGACGAUGACGCGGAUGGCGAAGAGCAGCCAGUCACCGAGCUCUACGAUCCGAUGCAGACCUACGUUCAAGUGCAUGGGUGCGCCGUCGGCAGGCUCACCAACUUUAUUGGCCUCAAAAAAUAUAACACCGAAUUUAUUUAGGGUUUGUUUUAAAAUUCCUCCUGAGCUAAUGACUAUGAACUCCAAUUAAUUUAUAAAAGAGAAAACAAAUGAUGACUAGUUUUGUAAGCCUAUGUUUGUGUUAUGCACAAUUUUUCUAAAAAAAAAAGAAGAUUAAAAACCUCCUGUUAAAUA